AUGGCACCACCCGCUGUUGUCCCCUCCGAACCUCUUCCGCAACGCCUGAUGGCGCUUGCACAAACACUUCAAUUUGGCUGGUUUGUCGGUCAUUUGACGUUGCUCCUGACAACUUUCCGUUAUGCGGUCGCGGCUGUCAAGUUCUCAACAAGCACAACGGGAGCUUCUAUUGCAUACCGUGUCGGAUUUUUGUCCGCGGCCGUUACUUACGGUAUCGUCGUUUACAAGGCAUACAGGACAAGAAUGAGGAGUGGUCAACUCCCCACUGGCCAGCAGGGAGCAGUGCAAAUCCUCUCUGACGAGAAUGUGCAAUAUUUGUUCAUGGCUCUUGUAUGGCUCUACUCUAAGCCAAUCUUUUUCGCGCUUCUCCCGUUCGCUGUUUACAGCACCUUCCACUUCUUGACCUACCUCCGAACAAACCUCAUCCCGGUUGUCAUUCCUUCACCUGCCACGCCCGCCGGUACUAAGGCACCUGCGCCCGCCGUUUCUGAGGCUAUUGCCAAGUUUGUCAGGAACAACUACGACUACUCUAUGCACCUUGUUGCCAACCUCGAGCUCUUCUUGUGGCUCCGUAUCCUUGCUGGUGCCAUCAUCUUCAAGAACUCAUGGAUCCUUCUCGCCAUCUACACUGCUUUCCUCCGUGUCCGCUUUGCUCAGAGCGGUUUUGUCAAGGAUGCUGUUAAGGGACUCGAGAGAAGGGGUGAUGCCAUCACAGCCGAUGCCGGUGUUCCCGAGGGUGUCAGAUCUGCAUGGGCAAUUGUCAAGACCGGUGUCAAGAGCUUUGGCGAUGUUUCGGACUUGAGCAAGUUCAUGUCUGCUCCUCCUGCCACCGACGGCGCUGCCAGAAAGACCCAGUAA